AUGGCAGAAGUUAGGCUCCUUUCAGCUGUUAGGCACAGGAAUGUUAUUGGUCUGAUUGGAUAUUGUGAAGAACCAGAACAAGAUGGAGCCAAAAUACUGGUCUAUGAAUAUGUUCCAAAUGGUUCACUGCUUGAGCACAUCAUGGGAAGCAGAAUGAGUUUAAGUUGGAGGCGAAGAGUGAAAAUAGCAAUAGGAGCAGCAAGAGGCAUAGCUUAUUUGCAUGAAGGUGUGAAGCCAAGCAUAAUCCACCGUGACAUAAAACCAAGUAACAUCCUAUUAGGGGAAGGUUUUGAGGCUAAGGUUUCGGAUUUUGGGUUAGUGAAAUCAGGUCCAACUGGUGAUCAGUCACAUGUGAGCAGCCAGAUAAAAGGAACACCAGGGUACCUUGACCCCGCCUAUUGUUCAAGCUUUCAUUUGACCAAAUUCAGUGACGUUUAUAGCUUUGGUGUCAUACUUUUGCAACUUGUUUCAGCUAGACCUGUGGUGGAUUCCACUGAUAAACAAAGUAAUCAACAUAUCAUUGACUGGGCAAGGCCAAGCAUAGAGAAGGGCAGUGUUGAAGAAAUCAUAGAUGCAAAUCUACUAUGUCAAAGUGAGCCCUGCAAUAUGGAAGUUAUGCUGAAGAUGGGGCAACUUGCUUUAAGAUGUGUGGUUGAAGAACCAAAACAUCGGCCAACAAUGACUCAGGUGUGUCAAGAACUAGAGCGAGCCCUCAGCUCAUCUGAUAGCUUCAACAGCAACAAACAGUCUUCAAAGGGAUUCUUUACACCAAUUGGUUUAUCCCAGCAAUCACCCAAGUCUGAAUCAUAUGAUUGUUCACAGAGCUUUGUUAGUAUUGAUGGUGUUGGAUUGCAGAAAUUCCAUGUUGAUAUGGAUAGUUUCUCCUUUAAGAGCACAAACUUAAGGAUUUGA